AUGCAGGAAGUUCAAAACAAGAAGGACCAGGUGAGAGUGAAAGAGCAAAGACAAGAACUGAAUGAAGUGGAAGAGGAACAUCAUAACUUUACAAUUCAAAGAAAAAAAGCUAAAAAGACGCACACCUGCACUCAGUGUGGAAAGAGUUUCUCACGGAAAGGAAACCUUAACAUACACAUGAGAAUUCACACUGGAGAGAAACCGUAUACAUGCACUCAGUGUGGAAAGAGUUUCACUGGUGAAUCAGGUCUCAGUUAUCAUCUGCGCAUUCACUCUGGAGAAAAACCAUUUAACUGUGAUCAGUGUGGUAAAGAUUUUAUUUCAUCAUCACAUCUAAAAGAUCACCUGCAAGUUCAUUCAGAUGAGAAGCCUUAUGUGUGUUCUCUCUGUGGAAAGAGUUUUUCAAGGCUGGACAGUUUUAAACAGCACCAGAAAACACAUAAUGAAGUGAGAGAUCAUGUGUGUUGUGACUGUGGGAAGAGCUUUACUAGAGCUGGAUGUCUGAAAGAGCACCAAAGAAUUCAUACUGGAGAAAAACCUUACAAGUGCUCAUCUUGUGACAAGUGUUUUACUCGGUCUGAAUAUCUAAAAUCACACGAGCGAGUUCAUACUGGAGAAAAGCCGUACGACUGCACUCAGUGUUGGAAGAGUUUCACAGAGAAAAGAACACUUAAGAUACACAUGAGAAUUCACACUGGAGAGAAACCGUAUACAUGCACUCAGUGUGGAAAGAGUUUUUCUUGUUCAUCAACUCUCAGUGUUCAUCUGCUCAUUCACUCUGGAGAAAAAACAUUUCACUGUGAUCAGUGUGGUAAAGAUUUUAUUUCAUCAUCAAAUCUAAAAGAUCACCUGAAAGUUCAUUCAGGUGAGAGGCCUUAUGUGUGUUCUGUCUGUGGAAAGAGUUUUUCAAGGAUGUUCUGUUUUAAACAGCACCAGAAAACACACAAUGAAGUGAAAGAGCAUGUAUGUUGUGACUGUGGGAAGAGCUUUACUAUAGCUGAGCAUCUGAAACGGCACCAAAGAACUCAUACUGGAGAAAAACCUUAUAAGUGCUCAUAUUGUGACAAGAGUUUCUCUCAUUCCGAUUCUCUAAAAUCACACGAGCGAGUUCAUACUGGAGAGAAGCCGUACUACUGUACUCAGUGUUGGAAGAGUUUCACCAAAUUAAGUAAUCUAAGGACUCAUAUUAAAAAGCAUUGUUCUGUGUCAUAG